ACGUCAUGCGUAGCCGGACGGGAAGACAGACAGCCAGCCAGUGGGUGGGCUGGGUUGUUAUCCUGUUUGUUGCUGCUUAAAUCGCAAACAACGCCGCUACGAUCAUUUAACCCCGAUAUCGAGAGAGACAAAAAUCCCAUAAUGAGUUAGAGGCGUCAUUGUGUACGUGCAAGUGCACUGAAACAUGGGUCCUUGUGUCCUCGUCCUCCUGCUGCUGUCUCUGCAGGGCCUGCAGACAUCCGCCGAGGGCUCUGAUGGGAAGUUGGAGUGUCUUUGCGAGACCCCUCAGUCCCUGCGGGCCACAAAGUGCCAGGGGACUCGGUGCUUCUCCUCCGUGAAGGUCAGCAGCAGUGGGGUGGUGUUCGAGCACGGCUGCCUGGAGGGGCUGGACAAAAUCCGUUUGCAUUGCUCCACGGCUCCAUCUUUCCACCAGGCCAUUUUUUGCUGCUCCCAGGAGAUGUGCAACGGCAACACCACCAGGAGUUCGCUGAUGUCGCUGCUUCCGACAGCCCCGGAAGGCGAGCCCGUUCGGUACCGCGUGGAGACCGUGGCUCUCUUUGUCCUCGGCCCGGUGGUGGUUCUGGCUCUGCUGUCUGCGGUGUCGGUUCUGGCCUGCAGGAGGCUCCACCGCGGCCGCCUGCAGAGGCUGCAGGAGUUUGACACGGAGCAGGGGGCCGUCGACGGCCUCAUCACCUCCAACGUGGGAGACAGCACUUUAGCGGAGCUGUUGGACCAGUCGUGUACAUCAGGCAGUGGUUCCGGACUUCCUUUUCUAGUCCAGAGAACCGUGGCCAGGCAGAUCAGCCUGAUGGAGUUAGUCGGCAAAGGGCGGUAUGGGGAGGUGUGGAGGGGCCAGUGGCAGGGUGAGAAUGUAGCUGUAAAGAUCUUCUCCUCGAGAGAUGAGAAGUCCUGGUUCAGAGAGACCGAGAUCUACAAUACUGUGCUGCUAAGACAUGAGAACAUACUGGGCUUCAUGGCGUCCGACAUGACUUCUCGAAACUCCAGCACCCAGCUGUGGCUCAUCACCCAUUACCACGAGAACGGUUCGCUCUAUGACUACUUGCAACGAGUUGCCGUGGAGACGUCCGAGGGCUUGGCGAUGGCGGCGUCGAUAGCCUGCGGCCUGGUCCACUUGCACACGGAGAUCUUCGGCACGGAGGGGAAACCGGCCAUCGCGCACCGCGACCUGAAGAGCAAAAAUAUCCUGGUGACAAAAGAACUGCGCUGCUGCAUCGCAGACCUCGGGCUGGCUGUGACCCACUCGCAGGCCGACAACCUGCUGGACGUGGGCAACAAUCCCAAGGUCGGCACCAAGCGUUACAUGGCGCCCGAAGUGCUGGACGAGAGCAUCCAGACGGACUGCUUCGACGCCUAUAAGAGAGUGGACAUCUGGGCCUUCGGGUUGGUGCUGUGGGAGAUCGCAAGGCGCACAUACAGCAAUGGUAUUGUUGAGGAAUACAGGCCGCCGUUCUACGAUCAGGUGCCAAAUGACCCCAGCUUCGAGGACAUGAGGAAGGUGGUGUGUGUGGAGCAGCAGAGGCCUUUUAUUCCUAAUCGUUGGUUCUCUGACCCUACACUCUCUGCUCUAGUGAAACUGAUGAAGGAGUGUUGGUACCAGAACCCCUCUGCGAGGCUAACUGCACUGCGCAUCAAGAAAACCCUGGACAAGAUUCACAGCUCCCUGGAGAAGGGCAAGGAGUCCUGAGAGGAGCCUUUGGGCAAAGCUGCCUGCCGUCAGGCUGAGAGAAGAAUCCAGUGAAUGAAAGACUUGAAGUGUCAUCCGGCCUCAUCCCUCCACCUGCCCUCUCACUUUCUCUGUGGUUGCCUUCCAAUGACAUCCCUUUCUUACUUGAAGCCCACAGGCGUUUUGUUUGGACUUGUGCGGUCUGAAUGGAGUCGGCCUUUAUCACGGGACAGUAACCGGUUGCCAACGCGCACAUGGCGUGAACUGUAGACUGUUACCGAGCUGGAUGGUAUAUUGUAGUACUGUAUCCAAAUGCUUUAAUACCCAUGCAAGACCGCUCUCUUAGAAUUCAACAUUUGUUCCCCAGCCGGUGUUUUUGGGCAUGUGUUUGUGGCAUUCUGCUCAGAGACAAUCAAGUGUUUCACUCAUUUAGCUUUAAUAGAACGUGAUAAGUAUCGCUACGAAGACUCAAACAAGCCACACAGAUAUGGUCACUUAAAGGAAAACAGCCAAUAGAAUCAAAUAUUUUGAACUUUUACAUUUUUUUUAUAUUUAUUAAAUGUCCACCAAUACCAAACACUGAUACUGCGUGAAAAGGAUUGUAUACAUAGGAAUUAACUCUACUGAACUCUGCACCCAUAUCGCCAUUGCAGCCCGUGAGAAAUACUGUGAGGGAAUCGAAAAGAGUAGAAAAUUGUUCCCAUUUUUUGUUGGAUAAAACACUAAAGAUGCACAAAGUACCUGCCAAUAGAUUUGUUGCAAUAUGAUGCGCCUGCCUGGUAAACUGUCAAAAGGCUGCAGCUCUUCUGUGCAAGCAGAGAGAAGCAGUCGCCUCCUCGUCUCACAUUGUACAAGCUUCCUGAAUGACAAGAAAACACUCCAAUCUUCACCUGGAAAGUGGCAUAUUCAAGAAUCUUUUUUUUUUUUUGUAAGUGGCCUCUGUGUGUGGUUACAAAUGAAUUUGUCAAUUGCUGGGUUUGUGUUUAAAAAAAAAUUACUUUGUCUUUUUAUAUGUAAUAAAACCGCACUGUUGCAUAGCGAUUAGCCA